UUGUUUCCAGUGUGUGUCCACCAGGGGGCGCAUCCCGGGAGAGGCUCAAUCCAAACCGUCCUCUCCACUUCUCCUCGUACCAUGAGCUGAAUCAGACCAGGGAAGAUGGCGGCCACUGACCAUUCCCGGUCCGAAGCUGCCAAACAGCGACGGCAGGAUCAGCUGCAGCGAUGGCUGGGCUCGGAGACGGAUCGGACGGGAUCGGAGGCCCGGGAAACCUUGAGCGUUUCCGGGACGCGGCGGGCGAAAGUCCGAUUCGCACAGGGAGCCGUGUUUAUGGCCGCCUGCUCCGCCGGAGACCGGGAGGAGGUGGCAGCGCUGCUCCGACAGGGAGCUGACAUUAACCAUGCCAAUAUAGACGGACUGACAGCGCUUCACCAGGCCUGUAUUGAUGAAAACGCGGAAAUGGUGCAGUUUCUGGUAGAGAGCGGGAGUGAUGUCAACAGAGGGGACAACGAGGGCUGGACUCCUCUGCAUGCUGCAGCCUCCUGUGGCUUCAUACAGAUAGCUAAAUAUCUGAUCGAGCAUGGCGCUCACGUCGGGGCGGUGAACAGUGAAGGGGAGCUUCCUCUGGAUGUGGCCACGGAAGACGCCAUGGAGAGGCUUCUCAAAGCUGAAAUCAAAAAGCAAGGAAUUGACGUGGACAACGCCAGAAAGGAGGAGGAGAGGGUCAUGCUUCAUGAUGCCAUGGCGGUGCUGGCAGGAGGUGGCACUCUCACACCUCAUCCAAACACCAAGGCGACCGCUCUGCACGUUGCUGCUGCCAAAGGCUACAUUGAAGUCCUGAAGGUGCUGUUGCAGUGUGGGGUGGAUGUGGACAGCCGGGACAUAGACGGGUGGACGCCCCUGCAUGCAGCGGCUCACUGGGGACAGGAGGAGGUGUGCACCCUGCUCUCCGAAAACAUGUGCGAUAUGGCUGCUGUCAACAAUGUGGGCCAAACACCUCUAGAUGUUGCAGAUGAGAACCUUGUAGACGCUCUGGAGGAGCUACAGAAGAAACAAAAUGCUUUACGCAGCGAGAAAGAGAAACAGACCCCUGUUAUUGAGACCAGCACGCAUAUCUCCAUGGUACCAGUUCGCACACGCAGGACUUCAAUCUCUCGUAUGAGCAGCAAGGAGAAGAUCUGCCUCCACGAGCGCGAAAAGCACCCGCCCCCCGCCCUGCCGAGCAGCCCGGCUGAGGAUGAGGAGGAGGAAGGCCAGACGGGACAGAGCCAGUCUCAGAGCCAGGGGAAGGCCUCUAGCAGCUCCAGUUCAGAAGAGGAGAGCGAAUCGGAGAGUGACGCGGAGUCGGAAAAAGCAAAAAACAGAGAACUCAUAAACAACUUGAACAACAAACGCAACACCACCAGCCUGCUUCCUACCUCCAUGUCAACAAGUACUGCUGCAAGCCAAGUGAAAAAGCAGGACGCAAACAAGCCUCCAAGUACCGAGGCCCCAGGCUCGUGGAGAACGUCUCUGAGGAAGGCGGGCAGCUCGGUGACUCUGGGCUCAGCUGGACUGUCCGACUCCAGCCAAGACCCCAGCAGACCUGCAGAGACCGGCCUGGGCAUGACCCGUUCAGCCUCCAGCCCCCGUCUCAGCUCUGAGGCCGAGACGAAGGAGCCGAGGCUCGCCCGGGUACCGCCCAUCCCGACACGGAGACUCUUCAGUAUUCCAGACAGCAGCCCUGACAACUCCAACAGUUGGCUGAGCCGUAGCUCCUCUUACACCCGGCGCCUUCAUAGUCAAUCAGGGAAUGAUCUCACUAGCUCCACCCCCUCUUUGCUUCACAGCUCAUCUUAUGGAAAGAGACUGGAUGACCCCGCUGUGACCUCAGCCAGCACAGGAACAAGCUCUGCUGGACUCAGCCGCCUUAAUAGCGUCUUGGCCCAGAGGCUUCCUCAGGAACAGACAGAAAAGAAGGAUCAGUCUGCCACCUCCAACUCUCAAGGCACGACCACAGGCGAGCAGGAGACCAAGCAGAGGCGCAAGUCAUACCUGACACCAGUGCGAGAUGAGGAGGCAGAGGCACAGAGGAAGGCUCGCUCUCGACAUGCACGGCAGUCCCGCCGCUCCACACAGGGGGUGACGCUAACAGAUCUGCAGGAGGCAGAAAAGACGAUGAAGACGGACAACAAAGGGAGAGAAAAAAAGGAAGAGGAGGAGGAGAAGGAGAAAGAGAAGGAAGCAAAAACCAAGAAGGGAGAGGAAGGGGAAGUGAGCUGGAGGUCUCGUAUUGCCAGCCUGCAGAAGUCUGACCUGCUGGGCCUCACACAGCCCACCGGCACUGCACGACCUCAGACAUCUGACAAGAGAGAUGUUGAGGCCAGCACAGGGGAGAGUGAGACAGAGCGAUGGGCCAGGGAGCGCAGGGAGAGGAGACAAGCUCGGGCCAGAAGGAAGGCACAGAGGACUGGGGAGAGCGAUGACAAUGACCCGAGUGGAGAGGAAGAGUUCUCAGGCAGUGGGCUGGAUCCACAGACAGUCAGGCACUUGAGUUCCAGGUCAGACAUCUCCUGUAACGACUGUACCCAGGGAGGAGGUUCUGAGACCAAGGAUUUUAAGAAGUUGUUCGAGGAGGUCUCCAGAGAAAACAGUCAACUCCAGGCUCAGCUACAGGACACCCAGAGGAUUGUCAGUCAGACCAGGCUGGAAUUGGAAAAGGCCACACAGAGGCAGGAGCGCUUCAGUGACUGUUCGGCCUUGCUGGAGCUGGAGAGAAAGGACCGGAGGAUGUUGGAGCGGCGGAUGGCAGAGCUGGAGGAGGAGCUAAAGGUUCUGGUUGACCUGAGAGCGGAUAACCAGCGUCUUAAAGAUGAAAAUGGAGCACUGAUCCGUGUCAUCAGCAAACUCUCCAAAUAGACAGGGACAGAGACACGCAUGAAGAGCAGGGAACCCCCUCCCUCCUUCUCACCAUCCAUCCAUCCAUCCAUUCAUUCGUCCAUCCCUCCUUCCUUCCUUCCACACAUUCCUCCUGGUGCCAAAGAGCAAGCGAGUGAACGAAAGAGGGGGGAGAGAAGCAUCAGAAUGUCCUACGUUACGUGAACACCACAGCUUGUCUUGGAUUGUGAUGCCACUCUGAACGGCUGGAGUGGCUUUUGUGUGCCUUUUAAUGCGUGUUUGACACAGGAAGAACUAUGGCACGAUGGCCUUUGGCUUUGGUCAGAGGCUCCCACAACAGCAACAUGAGACUUGACAACAGCCAGAAUGCCCACGGCUGGUGCAACUCACAAAACACAACAUCUAGUCCGACUGUGCAUCAAGGGUUACACUGACAUGCACACACAUUCCUCUGCGUGCAUCACGUACUUCCCGGAUGCACGAUCCACGAGCGCACAAGGCAGCUUGGGCCUUAAAGCUCCCACUUUAUUAUUUAUUUUUUUUUGUGAACACACUCAUGUCACACAUUCACAAAUUUACCCCACUCACAGUUCAAAUUUUAGGUCUUGUGAAGCUCUAAAGGUUUUGGUGUAGUUCUUUGAAAACCCAACUCUGAAAUCAGGCUCUUCACUUUCAGCCAUGUCCUGAUGACGACCGGGGGAGUUCAUGAUGCUCUGUUGGGUUGUUUUGUUUCCACAUGCAAGUGUUUGAACCCACCUACCUCUCCACCUAUGCACUUCCCCACAUUCAUUUUUAUUUUUGUGACCACAGACACACACUCCUUGCUCUUUAAAAAAAUGACCACAGAACCAGGUCAGUUGACCACAGCACUUUACUCUGCAAAGCAAUAAACGAUCUGCGAGGUUUAGCCCGUCCUCCAGGCAGACACACUUAUUUCAGAGCAGCGCCUUCUCACUUACCAAGUGGAGGGAGAAGUUACCCAUAGCUGAAGGUCAAAGGUCAUUGCACAAUUAUAGAAAUUGCUGUUCUGUCAAAGCCUAUUAUGCUAUGAAUGGUUUUAAUUAUUGCCAUUGACAAAGAUAUUUUCAUAGUUUUUCAUUGUUGAUUCCUCUCUUGCAGGAGAGCAUGGUCAUGUAUAUUAUCUGUGUAUAAAUAUUAGUCUUGAGUAAUAAUACCCUUUUUGAAGUAAAAUUCCAUGUAGCCUUUCUUCACAUGUUGGUUUUCUAAUAUAUUGAAUGGAUGUCUGCACCCUAAUAAAAAAAAAAAGUGUGUUUGUA